AGGUAAUCACAAAUUCCUUCGACAGUCUCACGGUAAAGUUCAACCUCGCAACACAUUGCUAGAAAUUAAGAACCAUGGGGUCGGAAGUUCAAUCGGAAAACGCAUCUAGCGACCAAUGUUCAUUGCUCGAAGCAAUCGGUGAAGUGCUCUGUUUUUUAUUUGACUUGGUGAAAGUGAUCAUAAUUUCAUUGCCUAUUCUGAUAUUGACCGCAAUUCAGAUCAUUGUACCGCCUAAGCCUAAGGAUAUUCGCGGACGAACUGUUUUGAUCAGCGGCGCGGGCAAUGGCUUGGGGAAAGCAAUGGCUCACGAGUUUGCCAAUCGAGGAAGCACGAUAGUAGUGGUCGACGUCGAUCUGGAGGCAGCGCAGCGUACAUGUGAGGAGAUCAGACGCGAUCAUGCCACCGCUGCUCACUCUUUCCAAGUGGAUGUUUCAUCAUAUGGACAAGUGGAAGCAUUGGUUGAAAGGGUAUACAAUGACGUAGGUCCGGUAGAUAUUCUGGUCAACAACGCAGGAAUUGUUGGCUUCAAUUUCCUUCAAGAUGCUGACGAAGGUGUCAUCAAUCGAUUGAUGGAUGUUAAUGUGAAAGGUACCGUAUGGAUGACGAAACAUUUCCUGAAGAAAAUGGUUGAGCGCAAACGUGGUCAUAUCGUAGCGAUCUCUUCCUUAGCUGGUAUUCAUCCCCUCCCAUGGGCAACCAUUUACUCAACAUCGAAACACGCCGUCAACGGAUUCAUGGGAGCCUUAACGGAACAGUUGCGUCUGCAAGGCCAUGCAGACCAGAUUCAGACUUCUUGUGUAAAUCCGUACUACAUUUCCACCAGGAAGGAUAUCGUCGACUUUGUGAAGAAACCGAGGUUUGGAGUCCUUACAACUGAGUAUGCAGCGCAUAACAUAGUUGAAAGGGUACUAAGGAAUGAAACAUCAAUAACCAUCCCCAAGUUUUUCGGAUUUGGCAUAAGAUUCGCUCAACUUUUCCCCACGAAAGUUCAACAGUAUGUAAGAGAUUAUAUAAUGCGAGAAUACGAACUUAACACUGCUUAAUCCUCGCUCCACUAUCGCAUUUUUGGUUUAUAUGAAAUAAUACAAUGAAACAAAAUUGUGAUAUUUUGAGAAUUUUCAAUAUGUAUAGAAAUUGAUGCAGGUCCACUGACUAUUUCUUAACAACGAAUUCAAUUUUGAUAAAUCUGGAUUAUGCAAGAUCAGGUACCAAACUAAAAAUAAAGAAAUCACUAUGGCGUGAAAUUUAUAUACAUUCUUCACGAAAAUUCUAACUUUGUUAUCAUUUUUAUUUAUCCUUUUCAUUAUAUAAAAUACGAUAAGUAGAUAUGGUCUACAGUAGCGUAAUUAAGGAGGCUGGUCCUCCCAAACUUAUUAUCAUAAUUUUGCUUCCUAUAAUAUAUCACGAAAUAAAAUGCGAGUUAAACUGAAUUCUUAUCAUUUCAUUUGUAUCGAAUAAUGCAAAUCUAAAGCUAGAAAUAUGAACAAUCCACACAUAUGAAAUCGCUUUAAAACAUGUAUUUUCAAUAAAAAAAAUUAUCAGUGGCUGCAAUCGACACUAAAAUCAAGAUGCAAUUUGUUUUUUUUUUAUUUGGUGUAACUAUCUAAAAUGUAUCAGGGAAAGCGGUUUUAUGGUUUAUUAUACUUAAGUUUGUCCUAGACAGUUUUUGGUGAAGACAGAUUGUGUUCAUAUGUGCUAUUUUUUCCGAAAACCAAUUAUGACUAAACAUAUAA